UACACAUACACACACACUACCGAUCGACGUACGUAGAGGACGAUCGAAGAAAACCAUGGAAGAUACUACUACCAUGUUGGUUUUCUUAUUAUUGCCCGCCCUCACCAUCCUGUGCACGCUACUCCUCCGUGCAGCUAUCUCGAAGGAGCACGCCACCAGCUGCAGUAGCGAUGCCGUCGACGUUCCUGUGCCGCCACCUUCCCCUUGGCGACUCCCUCUAGUAGGUAACCUACACCAGCUCGCCGGCCGGCGGCUGCUCCCGCACCGCUCCCUGGCCAGCCUCGCCGCCGCUCACGGCCCCGUCAUGCUCCUCCGUCUGGGCCAAGUCCGAGCCGUCGUCGUGUCGUCCGCCGCCGCAGCGCGGGAGGUGAUGCAGACGCAUGACCGCGUCUUCGCCAGCCGCCCGUCGCUCGCCGUCCCAGGGAAGCUCUUCUACGGCUGCACGGACAUCGCCUUCGCUCCCCACGGCCCAUACUGGGUCCACGCCCGCAAGAUGAGCGUGCUCCACCUCCUGAGCCCCGCGAGGGUGCGCGCCUACCGCGCCGUCCGGGAGGAGGAGGUGCAGGCGUUGGUGCAAAUGGUACACGUACAGAGAUUGUCCUGUGGUGGCGGCGUCGUGCGCCUGAGUGAGCUCCUCGCCGGCUUCGCCAAGGACGUGACCGGGCGGAUCGUGUUCGGGGCGAGCCCGAGCACUGCCGAGGGGUGGGGAGCCAAGGUAGACACGCUGCUGGAGGAGGGCAACGCGUUGCUCGGCACCUUCCACGUCCAGGAUUGCUUCCCGGGGCUUGCCUGGCUCGGCCUCGGCGGACUGGACAACAAGGUGAGGAAGGCCUUCGAGAGGAUCGAUCCGAUUCUUGAGGAGAUACUGGAGGUCGCGGGUAGACAAUUGUUGUCACCGCAGCAGGAUACUCCUACGACUACGAGUGGCAGCACGUUUGUGCAUGUGAUGUUGUCACUCGAUAAUAUCUCGGGCGGGUCAGCAGCAUGGCGCUUCAGCAGGGACAACGUCAAGGCUAUCUUAAUGGAUCUUUUCGGGGCAGGGACAGAAGCAACCAUCGUCGUCCUUGAAUGGGUUAUGGCGGAGCUGGUUCGCAACAAGGGAGCCAUGGAAAGAUUACAACACGAGCUAAGGAAAUCGUUAAUCUCAGACUCCGAUAUGAUUACCGAGCAUGAUUUACAAGGGAUGGUUUACCUCAAAGCGGUGAUAAAAGAGACGAUUCGGCUGCACCCUCCCGGGCCUCUCCUGCUCCCUCACGAGGCCAUGGAGUCCACCAGGAUCCAGCAGUACCACAUCCCGAGGAAGACCAUGGUGAUCAUCAACGCGUGGGCCAUCGGUAGGGACCCACAUACCUGGGAGUCACCCAUGGAGUUCCGGCCAGAGAGGUUCAUCGGUAGUGAGGUCAGCUUUCGGGGUAGGCAUUUCCAGCUCAUACCGUUUGGCUCUGGAAGAAGGAUGUGCCCUGGAAUCAACUUCACCAUGUCCAUUUUGGAGAUUGCGAUAGCGAACCUCGUCGGCCGGUUCAACUGGGCGCUGCGGGAGGGAGAGACAGAGUUAGACAUGGAAGAGACGCCUGGGGUGGCCUCAAGGAAGAGGGUUCCCCUCUGCGUCAUAGCUAGACCGUGGCCAUAGGGAAUAUAUAUUUGACUUCCUUCUUAUCAAUUGUAGCACCCGGUUGAGCAAAUAAAUAUCUAGUAAUGGUGUCUUUCUUUCUUACCAAAAAUUGUAGCAAGAUGCUCAACUUUAGGCAGAGUGGCCAAGCAGGGCAGCGGAGCCUUGCGCGGCCGCUCACGGAGACCUGUCCCAGGGCCGGUCCUGAGAUUUCGGGACCCAGGGCAAGAUAAUACCAAGAUGUCG